AUGUCCCUCCACGAUCAGCCUUCUGAGCUGCUCCGCCUCGUCAUGUGUGAAGUCGGCUCACCUCUUGAUCUGUAUCACCUCAUCUCGGCGUCAGCACCUUGCCUCGCUGUCUUUUCCCUGUCAACAGAGCUCAUUCUCUACUCUGUCCUCCAGAAUUCUUUUCCAUGUGAGUUACAUCGCUACGCAACCGCCAUCUUGAAUGUUCCGACCGUGGUACCCGCUUCGAGAGCAUUGCGCAAAGAAAAGCUCAUCCAUUUCCUCACUCGAUCUUUUAAGGGCAUACCAUUCGACUUCCCUACAACAAGGCUGGAAAUGGUUCCAUUGUGUCGCCUCCACACUCGCCUUGUUCGCCUUUCCGAUGGCUUCUUGGACAACACCAUGCAUAAGUUCGGCGUACUCGGCCAGGGAGUCGCCCACCCCACGCAAUCAUCAGUUGAAACUGCCAAAGUAGUGCAGUCUGAGCUCGAACCAGCCCCUAGAAGAGCUGUCCAGGCCUCCAAAUAUGAGCGUCUACGAAUCCACAAAGCACUCUUGCGAUUUGAACUGUACUGCAAAGUCUUUCCUAUGGCCGAAGGAUACAAAGAUAGCUCGGCCUACGAUGCACACGAACAGUUCAACCUCUUUCUGUCCCAACUCACACCAUGGGAGGUAGAAGGGAUGGCUUGUAUCCAUCAGUAUUUCUCAUCCCUUUUGGCUGACGCCGUCGAUGAAAUCGAGGAACAGAUUGUGAACGCAGUCCUUGCCGCGCCCGGUGUACGCCUACCACCAGCAGACGGGUCAAUGAGCGAAGACACAUACGCAGAUACAGACGAAGACCGUCUAUGCCAUUUCGGCCAUUCAGACCUAGCAAUCCCUUAUAUGCACGGCGAAAUCGGCAGGUUUGACUAUGUGACUCGCAUGAGCCACAUGAGCUCCGGUGGCUUCGAUUUCAUGCAUCAACUAGUUGGCACUGACAAGGCCGGUCGUGCAGAGCUGAUUCGGGGCUGCCAAAUCCGUUUCGGCGAUUUCUUCCCAGAGGCUCUAUCCUGUUCACCAUACUCAGGACCCCAGACCAUCCAGCCGGAGGGCAGUCGCGAGGAUGAUCAGUCAUACGGCAACUUGGGUUACUACAUUUUCAAACCUUCAACCCAGGACAUAUAUUUGAAAAUUAACCUCUUCAACAGAAGGGAACAUUUUUUGCGAGAAUUCGGAUAUGUUUUCUGGGACGCGGAGAGGAUUCGGACUCCUGCAGUUUUCGACAAGCUUCGCCAAGCGGGUGUUUUGGAAGUUGUCGAAUCGUGUCGGCUUUAUGAUCAGAAAGACUACCAGAACUUCAAGAAGCAACUGAGAGGUGUCAUGCUUCCGCAGAAUGAGAUGCGCAGGAUCGAAAAUGAAUUCGGUUCGAUAUGA